AGCACCUCUGUGCAGCCUGGCUGUGGCCAAGGGUGAUGGGCUCUUCGUGGGAGACCCCAACUGGUUCCCUAAGAAGUCACAGGAGAACCGGCGCGUCUUCUCCGAGGACAAGCUGAAAGAGGGCCAGAGCGUCAUCGGGCUGCAGAUGGGCACCAACUGGGGUGCCUCGCAGACCCUGCAGCAGCCACGGUCCAGCAGUCCCAUCGUGAUCCUUCAGGAUGUGCAGACUGCCCCAAAAGCAUUGCUUGCUGGUGCACACAAGCCCGAGACCAUCCGUCUCAUCACCAGGGACUUCAUCCGUGACCUCGUCAUCCCUGCGGAGAACCCAGCAGCAUCCCUCAUUAUCGGCCAGGAGGAUUUCCAGCGCAUUAAAGCAGCAGCUCGAGUCCUGACCAAGGAGGAGCGUGAGGCCAAGCUGGCAGCCCUCAAAGCGGAGAAGGAUGCUGUUCUCGAGGCAGUGAGUGAGCGCAAGAGUGCAGCGAAGCAAAGGGCCAUUCUGCAGCAGAUGGGGAAGCUGAGUGAGCUGGAGGAGGAGGCACGGGAGAGGGCUCAGUACCUGCUGCAGCGGGCGAACAGGAUGCGCAUGGAGCAGGAAGACGAGAUCAAGGAGUUCAGCGAGCUGAUCCUUGGUGCCAAGUGCCACAUGAUCCGUGACACCCAGAUCCUCGAGAAGCAGCUCAUUGCAAAAGAGCUGGAGGAAGAAGAGAAGCGCCUGGCCAAGAUGAUGGAGGUGGAGAGGAAAAAGGCUGAUAAGAUGCAGGAAGAACUGGAGCACAGGAGGAAGCAGGAGCUGAUCAGAGGGAGGCAGGAGCUUGUGAAGCAGAGGGAGCAGAAUGGGGAAGGGCGGGCUCUGAGAGCCGAGCAACGAGACCAGGAGGCACAGGAGCUGCUAGAGUAUCUGGAGCAGCUGAAGAUGGAGGACCUGAAGGACUUGGAGCGGAGACGGGAGCAACAGAAGAAAAUCCAGGCUGAGAUUAAACGCAUCAAUGAUGAGAACCUGCGGUGCAAGGAAGAGCAGCAGGAGCAGGAGAGGAUGGCAGACGAGCAGGUGCUCGAGUACCAAAGGCAGAAAAUGGAGCGGGAGGCCAAGUUUGAAGCUGAGCAGGAGAGAAUCCGUCGGGAGAAGGAGAAGGAGACGGCACGCUUGAGGGCCAUGCAAGAGAGGGCCCAGGACCACCAGGCAGAGCAGGAUGCACUGAGGGCGAAGCGCAGCCAAGAGGCUGCUGAGCGAGAGUGGCGGCGCAAGGAGAAGGAGGCAGCGCAGCGGAAGGCCAGGAUGGAGCAGAUGCUGAAGCAGAGCCGCCUGGAGCAGAUUGCCCAGCGGGAGCACAGCAUGGCUGUGCAGGUGCAGCAGGACCGCCACGAGUUCGAGAGGAUCCUCAGGGCCCAGCGGGAGCAGAUGGACAAGGAGAAGGCGGAGGAAGUGCGGAGAGCAGAUCUGCGGCUCGCCCAUGCUAACGAUGUCCGGCAUCAGAUGCAGGAGCGUCAGCUUGGCGCGCGUCUGAAGAGGGAGGCCCGCCAGCGCAGCCAGCGCAUUGCCCAGCUCAAGCAGCAGAAGAUGCAGGAGCUCAGAGCCUCCGGCAUCCCUGAGAAGUACUGCACCCAGCUGGAGCGGAGGGCCCUGAGCCGAGCGAGUGCAGGCUGUGGCCAGGCUCAGCUCCACGAGGAGCAGGGCUCUGGUUCCCCAGUGACUCAGGGGUUUCCAUUUUCUUAG